UGCCUUGAAAGAAAGUGGUAGAAACAAGAGUGAUGAGUUGAUCAAGUUGAUUGGGAAAAAGGGAGGAUUCGUGGGAAUCAGCCAGUUUGGGCCCCAUAUGCCCAAGGGUAACGAGUCCACCAUCGACGACUAUGUGGAUGUGGUGGACUACGUGAUCUCGUUGAUCGGAGAAGAUUUGGUGGGAAUUGGAUCGGAUGCUUCUGAGGGCCACGGUAGACCUUCGCCUUUCAUGGAAUGGUGCAACAGAGACAAGGGAUACGCCAGGAAAAUGGCUCCCUGGGGCUCGCAGAAGGUCGUUAAACCACUUGGUCCUUUGGCUGAUCGGGAAGAGUUGGCGGUGGCCAUGGCCAAAAAAGGGUGGUCCCUGACCAAGAUGGAGAAGGUGUUGGGAUUGAACUGGAUGGCAUAUUUGGAGACUAUUUUUGAUUCAGAGGCCUAGUUAGAUGUGUAUAUACCAUAGAUAUAACAUAGAUACAACCAC